AUGGAAUCCAUAAUUCUUGGAAUCAAAUAGGGAGAUCUUAAGUAUUUUGAUGAUUCAAUUGACUUAUAAACCUUGAUUCCUUAUAAGAUUCACACUAUAAAGAUCUUUUUUACAAGUUAAGGGAUUUUAGGCAUCCAAAAUUAUUAUUAUUCAUUUAGUUCUCAAUCAAUAAUAAAAUGCAAGGAGCACAAAUCAUCAAAAAUGUUUGGAGUGAGUGAACAAAAAUUAGUUUUGGAUAAUAGUGAAUACAUAAUUCAUUUGACAUGGUAUUAAAAUGAGAUUGGCAUAAAUCGAUUAGAAAUACAGACAAAUAAGCAAUAAAUUUAGAUUGGAUAAAAGGAUGGAGAGAAGAAGGAAUUUAAAGUGGAAUAAAAUUAUCAAUUAGGGGCAAUAGCAGGAGGAUACAAAUAAUAAUUAUAGUUUUUGGAGUGGCAAAUAGUUCCUUUGGUUGAACAAUAAACUCAAUAUUAAUCAUAAUUAUAUUAAUUAUACUUGUCCUAAAAUGAAGGUAAUCAAAAAAACAGCAAGUUUGAAUAUGUAGGAAAGUAAUAUAGAGUGUGUGAUCCAUAAAUUAUAUAAUAAGGACUAACUAAUAAAUUUGUUUAAUUCCGCAUAGUAGAUAGCACAGAACAAGAAGUGAUUAGAAGGUUUUAGGAUGUAUUGUAAUUACGAUAAAUAUUGCAGCUGAGAUGGCCUGGAGUAUAUAUUCCACCAUUGAUGAACAAAUCAACUUUUGAAGAUUACUCAAAUGAACAUAUAGAGAAUAUGAGGAAGGCUAUCGAAUACUUUUUGAUGAAACUAUCUAAGAUAACGUAUUUUGCAUAAUCCAUAGAAUUCAAUGUUUUUAUAACAAAAACAAAUAAGGAUAGCAAUUAAGAAAUGGAUUAUGUAUAAAAUAAAUUGAAGGAGAUGACUCAACAAACGAGCAUUGAUUAGAUCGAUUUAAGGUACAAAUAGAGUUUUGAAGAAUUUGAAACUAAAGAAUCAGUAAAUGAAUAAUAGAGAUAAAAAUGUAACGAUUUUUCACUUUUGAUGUCAAAAUUAGAAUAAUUGAAGAUUAGUGAUUUUUCAGAUAUCAAAAAGCUAUUUGAAUAGCAUUCUAAGAAUGUAAAUUACCUAUCUAAAUAUAUUCUUCCAGAGUUGCAUUUGAUUCAUCUUAAUUUGUAGUCAGAGGAAAUUAUUUAAAGAAGAAAAUCAAAUUCUAUUGAUAGGGGUUUAUAAAUGUAAAUUGAUACUAUGAAUGAUGUUUACGAUUAUUUUGUAACUGAAUAGAGAGAAGCUAGUGCUAUGUCUUAGUGCAUGAAUUAUAUCAAAGAUCUUGAAUAAUAGAAAAAUAAAUUGGAAUAGAAAAUUAUGAGUUAAAAACUUAAGUAAGAGGAAUAAGCAAUUGCUAAAACUUAAUUUCAGUCUAUUUCAUCCAUUUGGAGUAUUCUAAUAAAAUCAUAUGCUCAAUAUUAUAUUGAUAAUUAUUUUAAGGAAAGAUAUCAAUUGUAUCUAUUGAUGAUUAAUAGAUUAGCCUAAAUAUAAUUAAAUAAUUUGAAAUUACGAUAAAACUUUUGGCAGUCCAUUUGA